CAGCGUCAUAGCCCGGGGCUGGGGCUCUGUACGGGGUUGACAGUGAACACACUGCCGCUUGCAGGAUUCACUCGCUGCAGGACGAAGCGGGCGGAAGCAUGGAAAUCGUUCCAUGCCACUGUCUCCUUUCACGUUAACGUUACCGCUACGGCAUUGACCAUACUGCCUUUGUUUGAAAUGAAGCUCAGCUGGAUUGUUGUGUAACCGCACAGAGAAAAGGAGGCCUUUCGCUAUACUGGACUGAUGGCUCCAGAGUAACAUGCCAUGGCUUUAAUGAUCCCCCCUGUGAAACUGAAAUGGCUGGAGCACCUGAACAGCUCAUGGAUUACCGAGGACAGCGAGUCCAUAGCCACACGGGAGGGAGUUUCUGUGCUCUACUCAAAGCUGCUGGCCAACAAAGAGGUUGUACUGCUGCCCCAGCAGGUGCUGUGUCUGAAGGGCCCCCAGCUCCCAGACUUUGAGCGUGAGUCCCUCUCUAGUGAUGAGCAGGAGCACUACCUGGAUGCUCUGCUCAGCAGCCAAUUGGCAUUGGCCAAGAUGGUGUGCUCCGAUUCCCCGUUUGCUGCCGCUCUGCGGAAACGUGUGCUGGUGCUUCAACGCGUCUUCUACGCACUUUCCAACAAGUAUCAUGACAAGGGCAAGGUUAAGCAGCACCAGCACUCAUUGGAGAACAACUCGGGUUCGGCUGAUCUGCACUCUGUCAGUGAGCGGCCACGGUCCAGCACUGACGCCCUCAUCGAGAUGGGUGUUCGCACUGGCCUGAGCCUUCUCUUUGCUCUGCUGCGCCAGAGCUGGAUGAUGCCUACUGCACCAAACCCAGGUGGAAGUCCUGGGAGCAACAUAAACUUGUGUAAUGAUGUCAUUCACACAGCCAUUGAUGUUGUUAGCUCCCUGCCUGCACUCUCUCUUGCCAAUGAGAGCAAGAUCCCACCAAUGGGACUGGACUGCCUGUCCCAGGUUACCACCUUUCUGAAGGGAGUGACAAUGCCAAAUUCUGGGGCAGAUAUUUUAGGGCGGCGGCUGGCCUCAGAACUACUACUGGGGCUGGCUUCACAGAGGGGUUCUCUGCGCUACUUGCUGGAGUGGAUUGAGAUGGCUUUGGCUGCAUCAGCUGUGGUCAGUACGAUGGAGCAGAAUAAGUUGCUACAGAACCAAGAAGGCCUCAUUAGCUAUGAUUGUUUCAUGAACAUCCUCAUGCAGAUGAGGCGCUCUUUGGGCUCCUCAGCAGAUCGUAGCCAGUGGCGAGAACCCACACGGACCUCUGAUGGCUUGUGUUCAUUAUACGAGGCGGCACUCUGUCUUUUUGAAGAAGUAUGUCGAAUGGCAUCGGACUACUCUCGGACUUGUGUUAGCCCAGACAGCAUACAGACUGGCGAGACACCUGUGGUGUCUGAAACCUGUGAAGUGUAUGUGUGGGGUAGCAACAGCAGCCACCAGCUAGUGGAGGGAACACAAGAGAAGAUACUGCAGCCCAAGCUGGCUUCGAGUUUCGCAGAUGCACAAACUAUUGAGGCAGGCCAGUACUGCACCUUUGUGAUUUCCUCGGAUGGGUCUGUGCGGGCCUGCGGGAAAGGCAGUUAUGGCCGCCUAGGCCUCGGAGACUCCAACAACCAGUCGACCCUCAAAAAGUUGACCUUUGAACCCCACCGUGCCAUCAAAAAGGUGUCGUCAUCCAAGGGAUCAGACGGCCACACGCUGGCCUUCACCACAGAGGGUGAGGUGUUCAGCUGGGGAGACGGUGAUUAUGGCAAACUGGGCCAUGGGAACAGCUCAACACAGAAAUACCCAAAACUUAUCCAGGGGCCGCUGCAGGGGAAGGUGGUGGUGUGUGUGUCUGCUGGCUACAGACACAGUGCUGCAGUCAGUGAAGAUGGAGAGCUGUACACAUGGGGAGAAGGAGACUUUGGAAGAUUAGGUCACGGUGACAGCAACAGCCGCAACAUUCCUACCCUGGUCAAAGACAUCAGCAAUGUUGGAGAGGUGUCAUGUGGAAGCUCCCACACUAUUGCUCUGUCAAAGGAUGGACGCACUGUCUGGUCAUUUGGGGGAGGGGACAAUGGGAAACUGGGUCAUGGCGAUACUAAUCGAGUCUACAAACCAAAAGUAGUGGAGGCCCUGCAGGGCAUGUUCAUCAGAAAAGUGUGUGCAGGAAGCCAGUCAUCUCUUGCAUUAACUUCUACAGGCCAGGUGUACGCUUGGGGCUGUGGUGCUUGUCUAGGCUGUGGUUCCUCUGAGGCCACCGCACUCAGACCUAAACUUAUUGAGGAGCUGGCUACCACCAGAGUAGUGGACAUAUCCAUAGGGGACAGCCACUGCCUGGCCCUGUCACAUGACAAUGAAGUAUAUGCAUGGGGCAACAACUCUAUGGGCCAGUGUGGGCAGGGGAACUCCACAGGGCCAAUCACCAAACCCAAGAAGGUCAUCGGCCUGGAUGGAGUCGCCAUUCAGCAGAUCUCAGCAGGAACCUCUCACAGCCUGGCCUGGACUGCCCUGCCUAGAGACAGGCAAGUGGUGGCUUGGCAUCGGCCCUACUGCGUUGACCUAGAAGAAAGCACAUUCUCUCAUUUGCGCUCCUUCCUUGAGCGAUACUGUGACGGCAUCAACAGCGAGGUCCCUCCUCUCCCUUUCCCCUCAUCCAGGGAGCAUCACAACUUCCUCAAGCUGUGCCUUCGGCUUCUGUCCAAUCAUCUGGCGCUGGCCCUGGCGGGGGGCGUAGCAACAAGUAUUUUGGGCCGGCAGGCCAGGCCACUGAGGAACCUCCUUUUCAGACUGAUGGACUCCUCUGUGCCAGACGAGAUUCAGGAGGCAGUGAUUGAGACUCUGUCUGUGGGGGCAACCAUGUUGCUCCCACCACUGAGGGAGAGGAUGGAGCUUCUUCACUCUCUGCUACCUCAGGGUCCGGACAGAUGGGAGAGUCUCUCCAAAGGACAGAGGAUGCAGCUCGACAUAAUCCUGACCAGCCUCCAGGACCACACCCACGUGGCCUCACUCCUGGGUUACAGCUCUCCUGCUGAUGGCCCAGAGGUACUUUCAUCUGGCCCUGCCUUUACAGCUCUCCCAGAGCCUGCCUAUGGCACCACCACAGGCCACCCUGACACUCACCUGGCCGAGAUUCUCAUGAAGACGCUGCUCAGGAACCUUGGCUUUUAUACUGAUCAGGCUUUCGGUGAGCUGGAGAAGAACAGUGAUAAGCUGCAGCAGGGCACAUCCUCCUCUGACAGCAGCCAGCCGGCUCACCUCCACCAACUUCUCUGCUCUCUGCAGAAGCAACUUCUAGCAUAUUGCCACAUCAACUCUGUUACUGAGAACUCCAGCAGUGUGUCAUUGCUCCACAAACAUCUGCAGCUGCUCUUGCCACAUGCCACAGAUAUCUACUCCCGCUCUGCAGCGCUGAUAAAGGAGAGCUCCUGGAAUGGCAGCAUACGGGAGAAGCUACAAGAUGUGAUCUACGUGUCAGCAGCAGGCAGCAUGCUGUGUCAGAUAAUCAACGCCUUACUGCUGCUUCCGGUGUCGGUGGCAAGGCCGCUGUUGAGCCAACUGCUGGAACUGCUGCCUCCUCUGGAUUGUUUGAACAGACUGUUGCCUGCUGCCUCUCCUCUGGAGGACCAAGAGUUGCAGUGGCCUCUUCAGGGUACCUCAGACUUUGCUGAGCCAGCCUCAGGAAUGACCCUGCCGCAGCCCGCACUUUCUUGGGUGUGGCUUGUGGACCUGGAGAGGACAGUCGCCCUGCUAGUUGGGCGCUGCCUUGGUGGGAUGCUGCAGGGAGCUCCCACCUCACUGGAGGAACAAGAUACUGUUUACUGGCUCAAAACACCGCUAUUUAGCAAUGGCUUGGAGAUGGACAUCCCCCAGCUAGACACCUGCAUCAGCUCAUUAUUGGAGGCUGCACUGUCUGGUAAUGAGGAGCAGAAACCCUUCGACUGCACACUGCAUCCUGACUUGAGUGUCUUGGUGGAUUUGGCUCUGGGUUCCUCUAAAGAACCUGCCAACAGCCUUUGGAUCAACAUGCACGAGUACGCAAUUGGCAAAGACUGGGACAAUGCAUCUCUCAGUAAUGAGACCCUGUUAGACACUGUGUCCAGGUUUGUGUUGGCAGCCUUACUGAAGCACACAGGGCUGCUGGGCCAAGCCUGUGGAGAGGGCAGGUAUCAACCAUCUAAGUCUCUGGCAGAAGUCUAUCGCAGUGUUUUUAAGGUACGAAACCGCUUACUAGCCUGUAAGAACAUGGACUUCAUCCAGACACGAUCUUCUUCUCGUGAGAGGAGGAUUUCCGACAAUCAGGACUCUCUGGACAUGGACCCCCAGGAGCACUCUUUCACACGCACCAUUGACGAGGAGGCAGAACUUGAAGAGAGGGUUGACCGUGAGAGAGAAGAAGGCCAUCAAGAGCAAGACGAUGAAGAGGAUGACAGGGAGCAUGAAGUAAUGACAGCUGGAAAAAUCUUUCAAUGUUUUCUCUCAGCGCGGGAGGUGGCUCGCAGUCGGGAGAGAGAGCGGGCCAGCAGCAGCACAGGACUGGGUUCUAGCUCCAGGAAUGGAGGAGGAGGAGGUGGAGAGGAAGACACCAUUCUGGCUCAAGAGGGCAGAAGGGGCAGUACGGGUCUUCCAGAAGGCCAAGACCUUUACACAGCAGCCUGUAACUCUGUGAUCCACCGCUGUGCUCUGCUGAUACUGGGAGUCAGCCCUGUACUGGGCGAGCUGACCAAGCAGAACCAGGAAGAAGCUCAGACUCAGUUAGCUACAGGGACACAGGAGUGCCUCAGCUUCAUGACCAGAAGUGAGAGUCUGAGCGCAGAGAGCCGUUUAGUGCAGAGCAGCCCAAGUUACAGACUGAUGAAGUCCAGGAGUGAGUCUGACCUGUCCCAGCCAGAGUCAGAUGAAGAAGGUUACACUUUGAAUGGAAGGAGAAAUGUUGACCUAGACUUGGCAUUCUCCCACAAAAAAAGAGUUUAUUUGCUUCUUUUGGGGCAGUUGAGCCCCAAACACAAGAGGAACUUCAAGCAAGUAAACGAUGGCCUCCUUCACAGCUCACCAGACUCCCUGGCUGAGUCCUGGUUUCGGGCCAAGCUGAGCCGUCAGCAGAGUUACAGUUCAACGUACGAAGAGUCAGACCUGGACUUGAGCCGAUCGCUGGGCAUCCACGCUCUCAUCGACAACAUGGUCAGCUUCAUCAGUGGUGACGUGGGCUUGGCUCCAGCUUUUAAGGAGCCAGAAGAAAGUAUGUCCACCAGCCCACAGGCCAUUAUCCUGGCUAUGGAACAGCAGCAGAGCAGAGCAGAGCUGCGUUUGGAAGCACUCCACCAGAUUGUGGUGUUGAUCUCAGGCAUGGAGGAGAAGGGCAGCCAACUGAACAAUGCAGAUCGAUCCAGUGCAGUCUUCCAGUCAUCUUCACUGCUCACCUCUGUCAGGUUGCAGUUCCUGGCUGGCUGUUUUGGCCUUGGCACUGUGGGAACUGGAGUGCUGAAGAGAGAGAACGUGCAGCUGCAUCAUUACCAGGAUGGUGUAAAAGCAGCUAAGAGGAGCCUCCAAAUGGAAAUCCAGACGGCUGUCCAUAAGAUUUACCAGCAACUGUCUGUCACACUGGAAAGAGCACUUCAGGCAAACAAGCACCACAUAGAAGCUCAGCAGCGCCUCCUGCUGGUGACUGUGUUUGCAUUGAGCGUUCGCUACCAGCCAGUGGACGUGUCUCUGGCCAUCUCCAGUGGGCUGCUGAAUGUGCUGUCCCAGCUCUGCGGGACAGAGACCAUGCUGGGGCAGCCUCUCCAGCUCCUGCAAAAACCUGGCGUGUCUCAGCUCAGCACUGCCCUGAAGGUGGCCUCCACACGGCUGCUGCAAAUACUCGCCAUCAGCACGGGAACAUAUGCAGACAAAUUGAGUCCCAAGGUUGUCCAGUCACUGCUGGACCUGCUUUGCAGUCAGCUGAAAAACCUGUUAUCUCAGGCAGGAGUGAGUCUUCUUCAUGCUGGAAAAGAGCAGGAAGAUGGCAAACAUGAGGACAGCGCCGACUCUGAAAGGAAAGACUUCAGAGCUUUGCUGCGCAAACAGCAUACAGCUGAACUGCACCUUGGUGACUUCUUGGUCUUCCUAAGGAGGGUGGUGUCCUCCAAGGCCAUCCAGUCCAAGAUGGCGUCCCCCAAAUGGACUGAGGUGCUGCUGAAUAUUGCAGCGCAGAAGUGCUGCUCAGGCGUUCCUCUGGUGGGAAACUUGAGAACUCGGCUCCUGGCUCUUCAUGUUUUGGAGGCUGUCCUGCCUGCCUGUGAGGCUAGCAUGGAAGACGACCAAAUGACACAGGUCAUUGAACGGCUCUUCUCCCUGCUGUCUGACUGCAUGUGGGAAGGUCCCAUUGCUCAAACCAAACACUCGAUCCAGAUUAAAGAAAAAGUUCAGGAGCUUAAACUACAGGGAGAUACAGAGGAGGAAGAUGAGAACCUUCCCAUUCAGGAAAUUUCCUUUGACCCAGAAAAGGCUCAGUGUUGUGUAGUGGAAAACGGUCAGGGGCUGACACACGGCAGCGGGGGUAAAGGCUACGGCCUGGCCUCGACUGGCAUCUCCUCUGGAUGCUACCAGUGGAAGUUCUACAUUGUGAAGGAGAAUCGAGGCAAUGAGGGGACAUGCGUGGGUGUGUCACGAUGGCCCGUGCACGACUUCAACCAUCGCACCACAUCGGAUAUGUGGCUGUACCGAGCAUAUAGUGGAAACCUCUAUCAUAACGGGGAGCAAACGCUGACACUUAGCAGCUUUACUCAGGGAGAUUUCAUCACCUGCGUUCUGGAUAUGGAAGCAAGAACCGUCUCCUUUGGCAAGAACGGAGAGGAGCCCAAGUUGGCCUUUGAGGACGUGGAUGCCACGGAGCUCUAUCCCUGUGUGAUGUUCUACAGCAGUAAUCCAGGAGAGAAGGUUAAGAUAUGUGACAUGCAGAUGAGGGGAACACCGCGAGACCUCUUACCUGGGGAUCCUGUCUGCAGCCCUGUGGCCACAGUGCUAGCUGAAGCCACCAUACAGCUGAUCCGCAUCCUACAUCGCACCGACCACUGGACUCAUCGCAUAAACAAGACUAUGAUUGAACGACUUCACAAAAUCAAGCCGUGCUUUAGAGAGUCAGCUGGUGCUUCUGGCGGCGGCCUAGGACAGAGGCUGAAAAAGAGCCGCUCGGUGCAGAGCCGCGAGGAGCACGACACUCAGAGAGAAAGCCAGGAAACGCCCACACGGACAGACGAGGAGAAAGGUCGCCACGGACGGCAGCACGGCUUGGGGGAACUGUCGGAGCACCACUUGAGAACCCUCUGCACAGAGGUGUGGCCUGUCCUGGCAGUGAUUGGGGGGGCGGACGCAGGACUUCGGGUCGGAGGCAGAUGUGUGCACAAACAGACUGGGAGGCAUGCUACUCUGCUGGGUGUGACAAAGGAAGGCAGUACCUCAGCUAAGGUGCAGUGGGAUGAAGCCGAGGUCACUAUCAGCUUCCCAACUUUCUGGUCGCCUAGUGACACUCCAUUGUACAACCUGGACCCGUGCGAGCCUUUGCCCUUUGAUGUGGCCCGUUUCCGUGGCCUCACUGCCUCCUUGUUGUUGGACCUCACCUACCUUACCAGCAUUCACGAGGAUACUACUACAAAGCUCAGCGCCCGACGCCACGAGAAGAAGCACCGCAACACACCCUCUACUGGGCAUGAGCCGACUGGCGGCGAGGAGAAGACAGACGGCGAAGGGCACAACCGUAACGACUCAAAAGAUAACGCUGGAGCCCCUUCAGCUGCCACAACCUCUGACCUACGUGUGUCCCACAGCCUCGAUGAGGUGAAAGCACACGUGGCGCCCAACUCAAAGUCAGAGAGUGAGAUCUCCUCUGUGGCUGGAGGCGGGGUAGGUGGGAAUGAGAGCCUUUUCACUUCAUCUGCUCAUGCUCCUGCUGAUGGGAACAGGAAGAAAGGCCAUGAUCAUGGCUGCCGCAGUCACGAGCCCUCUCCUUCCGCCAUCACCACUCAGUCAGAGAUCCAUGCUGUGCAGCUGUCCUACCUCUACCUGGGAGCUAUGAAGACCCUCAGUGCGCUGCUGAGCUGCAGCAAGUAUGCUGAGCUGCUCCUCAUACCAAAGGUGUUACCAGAAGCAACCCCCAGUGGGCACAACGCUGAUCUGAACACCUGCACCAGUGGAAACACAGCUGCCACCUCACCAGUAUACCAGGAUGAGGUGGAGAUGCGGGCAGCUCUGCAGUUCCUCAUGCGUCAUAUGGUGAAGCGGGCAGUAAUGCGCUCCCCCAUCAAGCGAGCCCUGGGACUGGCAGACCUGGAGAGGGCGCAGGCUAUGAUCUACAAGCUAGUUGUAAAUGGGUUGUUGGAGGAGCCUAGUGGUGGGAAGGCGAAGCCUGGUGUGAGAAGUGAACCAGAAGGUGAGGGGGAAGUUACAGAGGGUGAACAGUUGGCACAAACCCCCGUCACCACCAGUCCCUCAGCUUCCAGCACCACCUCCUUUAUGAGCUCCUCACUGGAGGACACUACCACAGCUACCACACCUGUGACUGAUACAGAGACCGUCCCUGCCUCGGAGUCUCCAGGGGUCAUGCCUCUCAGCCUCCUGAGGCAAAUGUUCUCCAGUUACCCCACCACCACUCUUGUUCCAACACGUCGAGCCCAGACUCCUCCAGUGUCAUCCCUACCGACCUCCCCGUCAGAUGAGGUUGGCCGCAGGCAGAGCCUCACCUCUCCGGACUCCCAGCCCUCCAGACCACAAAACAGAACAGGUACCUCCCUGUCAGACCCCAGCAGCAGACUGUCCACGUCUCCCCCUCCACCUGCGAUUGCUGUGCCUCUGUUGGAGAUGGGCUUCUCCCUGCGCCAGAUCACUAAAGCUCUGGAAGCCACUGGUGCUCGAGGAGAGGUAGAUGCUCAGAACAUCACCGUGCUAGCCAUGUGGAUGAUCGAGCAUCCAGGAACGGAGGACGAGCACGAUGAGCCUCACGCCAGAGGCGGCGGGGUCAAUGGUGAAGCCUCCGACUCGUCCUGUCCUGGUGCCACAGCAAUCACUGGAGCCAAAUCUCUGGAUAAAAAUUCCUAUCUGUGCUCUCCCGGGGUCAUAGCCAGCGCAGACACUUCCGAAGUGGAGGAAGGUUUCAGCGAAAGUCCUGAAGGUCUGGAGCAGGACAGUGCAUCUGCAUCCAGCAGUGCCCCACUCAGAGGCCGCUCUGCUGCUGGCAGGAAACACCGCUUUGACCUGGCUGCACGCACACUGUUGGCUCGUGCUGCUGGACUGUACCGCUCAGUGCAGGCCCACCACAGCCAGUCACGUCGGGAGGUCUCGUCCUUACAGCAGCAACAAGACCCAGGUGCACUUUAUGACUUCAACCUGGAUGAAGAGCUGGAGAUGGACCUUGAUGAGGAGACCAUGGAGGCCAUGUUUGGCCAAGACCUCGCUAGUGACACUGACAUUCUGGGAAUGUGGAUCCCGGAGGUACUGGAUUGGCCAACAUGGCACGUGUGUGAGACAGACGAUCGAGAUGAAGUGGUAGUGUGCGAGCUGUGUGAGGCCAACGUGGCCAAUUUCAAUCAGCACAUGAAGAAGAGCCACCCGGGCUGUGGGCGCAGCGCCAACCGGCAAGGCUACCGCAGCAACGGCUCCUACGUGGAUGGCUGGUUCGGUGGGGAGUGUGGGAGUGGAAACCCCUACUAUCUGCUGUGUGGCGGCUGCAGAGAGAAGUACUUGGCAAUCAAAAGCAAAGCCAAAGUCCCCAUUGUGGAAAGAUACAAGGGACAGGCUCCUGACCUUCUGGGAAAGCAAGACAGUGUUUAUGAAGAGGAUUGGGACAUGCUUGACGUCGAUGAAGAUGAGAAGUUGACAGGGGAGGAGGAGUUUGAGCUUUUGGCUGGCCCUUUGGGUCUGAGCGAGCGCAGGAUUGUCCCCGAGGCUGUCCAGUUUCCAGAUAGUGACCCGUUGGGAGCCUCUAUUGCCAUGGUGACGGCAACCAACAGCAUGGAGGAGACUUUACUACAGAUAGGCUGUCAGACCUCAGUGGACAAGAGUUCUUCUGGUAGGGUGACCCUCGGUGAGCAGGCAGCAGCCCUACAGAACCCCCAUGAUCGAGUGAUGGCACUGAGGAGGGUGACAGCUGCAGCUCAGGUGCUGCUGGCCAGGACAAUGGUGAUGAGAGCCUUGUCCCUGCUGUCCGUCAGCGGAUCAAGCUGCAGCCUCGCAGCAGGUCUAGAGUCCCUUGGUUUGACUGACAUUAGGACUCUGGUCAGGCUGAUGUGCCUCGCGGCAGCGGGCCGAGCUGGUCUUUCCACCAGUCCGUCUGCAGGCCCAGGCCAUGCUGAAAGGCCCCGUGGGGCCACCAAGACAAGCAAACCCAUCUCCUGCCUGGCUUACCUCAGCACAGCAGUGGGCUGUCUUGCCUCCAACAGUCCCAAUGCUGCCAAGCUGCUAGUUCAGUUGUGCACUCAGAACCUGAUCUCUGCGGCUACAGGCAUGAAUCUGACGACCGUGGACGACCCCAUCCAGAGAAAGUUCUUGCCCAGCUUUCUGCGUGGCGUGGCUGAGGAAAACAAGCUGGUUACGUCGCCUAACUUUGUGGUGACUCAGGCCCUUGUGGCCCUCCUGGCAGAUAAAGGGGCCAGACUGAGACCUGCUUAUGACAAGGCUGAUAUGGAGAAAAGAGGUCUAAUUGCGCAUUUGUAUGCCCAUCCUUCCCAUAAUCCUUCCGCUGUAGGCCCUCUGGAGCUGGCCAACGCUCUGGCAGCUUGUUGCCUGUCCUCACGACUUUCCUCGCAGCAUCGCCAGUGGGGUGCUCAGCAAUUAGUUCGUACUCUGGCUGCCCACGACCGCGACAACAACCAGAACCGUCCGCAGACUUUUGCUGACAUGGCAGGGGACCUGCGAAAGUGCUCCUUUAUCAAACUAGAGGCUCACCAGAGCAGGGUCAUCACCUGUGGUUGGUGCAGUAAGAAAGGCCUUUUGGCUACCAGUGGCAAUGACGGGACGGUGAGAGUAUGGAAUGUAACCAAGAGCCAGUACACCCUCCAGCAGACCUGUGUCUUCAAUAAGGAUGACGACUCUUUGGAGGAGGGAAUGUCUGGUUUGGGGUCUCCCAGCGAUCCUUGCCUGUCACCUCUUGCAUGGAGUGUCACUGGAAAGUAUCUCGCCUCUGCCAUGGAGAAAAUGGUCAACAUCUGGCAAGUUAAUGGUGGUAAAGGGCUUUUGGAUGUGCAGCCUCACUGGGUGUCUGCACUAACUUGGCCUGAAGAGGAAGCAGAGUCCUUGUGGUGUGGGGAGCCCAAAGACAUGCUGCUGGUGGGUCGAAUGGAUGGAUCACUGGGCCUCAUCGAGGUGCUGGACUCUUCUGGUAUGCACCGCACAGAGCUGGAACAUUGCUACAGGAAAGACGUGGCAAUAAUGCACAUUGCCUGGUACAGUGAAGACAAGCCUUUUGCCGUUGGCUACGCAGAUGGAAAGCUGCUGAUUGGAUCCAAAGAACCUUUGGAUAAAGGAGCCAUUGUUGUCAUUGAUGCACACAAGGAGUCGAUCAGCAGCAUGAAGUGGAGUCCAACGGGUCAGAUCCUGCUGACGUGUGCUAAAGAGGAGACUGUGAAACUGUGGGCCAAUCCAGACUCCUGCUCUGACACGGGCUCUGGCUGGCACUGCCUACAGAGCCUUAGACACCCCUCCUUGGUUAAUGGUGUGGCCUGGUGCAGCUUGCCUGGAUGCAGUCCGAAGCCCCUCAGCAUGUUUGCCGUAUGCUGCCAGAAUGGUCUAGUCUCUGUCUGGACUGUUCCUCAAGACAUUUCAAACUUCACAGACUCCUGUUCCUCUGACUCAGAAGGAUGGUGGGAGAAUGAAGCCAAACCUAAGUUAAUGCAGUCCUCCCGAUGGUCAGAAGAUGGAGCAGUUUGUGUGUUCCAGCUAAAGGGCCACAUCACUCCAGUAAGAACACUGGCUUUCAGUCCUGAUGGUCUGGCCCUGGCAUCUGGAGGAGUGGGAGGCCUCAUGAACAUCUGGUCCCUGCGGGAUGGCUCAGUACUCCAGACUGUAGUAGCUGGGUCAGGGGCUGUCCAGAACAUUGUCUGGGUCUCAGAUGUGGGCGUGGCUGUCUGCUCCAACAGGUCGAAGGAUGUGUUGGUUGUGAACUGCUCCAAAGAGUUCAUGGCAUCUAACCAUGUGCUGGCCACCUGCCGCACGGCUUUGAAGAAGCAAGGUGUGGUCGGCCUCAACUUGGCACCCUGCAUGAGAGCUUUCCUGGAGAGACUGCCUGUCAUGUUGCAGGAGCAGUAUGCCUAUGAGAAGCCCCAUGUUGUAUGCGGGGAGCAGCUUGUCCACAGCCCGUACAUGCAGUGCCUUGCCUCUCUGGCUGUUGGUCUCCAUCUGGACCAGCUUCUGUGCCGUCCCCCUGUGCCGCCCCACCUUCGACACUGUCCACCUGAGUCUGGCAUCGCUGUGUGGAGCGCCAGUGAGUGGGCAUGGUUGGACUGUUUCUCCACCACAGUAAAGGCGGCAGAGGCUCUUGCUCGUGGUGCAGCCUUCCCCGAGUCCUUCUCCGUUCCUGACCUGGAACCUGUGCCUAAAGAUGAAAUGGCUCUGCUCCUGGACAACAGUAAAUGGUCAGCUAGUAUGGAUGAACAGAUCAUGUCAUGGGCCACCUCCAGGCCAGAGGACUGGCACCUCGGAGGGAAAUGUGACGUGUUUCUGUGGGGCGCAGGCCGACACGGUCAGCUAGCAGAGGCUGGAAGAAAUAUCCUGGUUCCAACCAUUGCCCCUUCCUUCUCUCAGGCACAGCAGGUGGUGUGUGGGCAGAAUUGCACCUUUGUGAUCCAGCCCAACGGCACCGUAUUGGCCUGUGGAGAGGGGAGCUAUGGCCGCCUGGGACAAGGCAACUCAGAUGACCUGCAUGUCCUUACUGUCAUCUCAGCUCUUCAAGGUUUUGUUGUGACCCAGUUGGUUACAUCUUGCGGUAGUGAUGGUCACUCCAUGGCUCUGACAGAGAGCGGCGAGGUGUUCAGCUGGGGAGACGGUGACUACGGCAAGCUUGGACAUGGAAACAGCGACCGCCAGCGACGACCCCGACAGAUUGAGGCACUGCAAGGAGAGGAGGUGGUCCAGAUGUCUUGUGGGUUCAAACAUUCGGCCGUAGUCACAGCUGAUGGGAAGCUUUUCACUUUUGGUAAUGGUGAUUAUGGAAGACUAGGGCUGGGAAACACUUCAAACAAGAAGCUGCCAGAGAAGGUCACUGCUCUGGAGGGCUACCAUGUAGGACAGGUUGCUUGUGGUUUGAACCACACUUUAGUUGUCUCUGCUGAUGGAAUGAUGGUUUGGGCCUUUGGCGAUGGAGACUAUGGGAAACUGGGACUUGGGAAUUCCACAGCCAAGUCCUCACCUCAGAAAGUGGACGUGCUGUGUGGGAUUGGUAUUAAAAAAGUAGCCUGUGGAACUCAGUUUUCCGUGGCUUUAACCAAAGAUGGCAAGGUUUUCACGUUUGGCCAAGACCGCCUAAUUGGCUUGCCAGAGGGUCGAGCCAGGAACCACAACCGGCCCCAACAGGUACCAGGUCUCUCAGGGAUCCACAUCCAGGAUGUCGCUGUAGGAGCUGAACACACUCUGGUACUCUCCUCCACAGGAGAUGUUUACACCUGGGGCAGCAACUCGGAGGGACAGCUGGGUCUGGGACACACCAACCAUGUUAGAGAACCUACACUGGUAACAACGCUGCAGGGCAAGAACAUCCAUCAGAUCUCUGCUGGACGCUGUCAUAGUGCAGCGUGGACGGCUCCCUCUGUGCCGCCUCGAGCACCAGGCUCAUCUGUACCUCUUCAGCUUGGCCUGCCAGCAGCAGUGCCUCCUCAGUACAGUGGACUUAAAGAAUUGAGCAUCGAGGCAGUGAGGGCCCGUUUGCGGCUCCUCUACCACUUCUCUGACCUCAUGUACUCGUCAUGGAGACUACUCAACCUCAGCCCUAACAACCAGAGCUGUACCUCCCAUUACAAUGCCGGUACCUGGGGAAUCGUCCAGGGCCAGUUAAGGCCCCUUUUGGCUCCCAGAGUGUAUACGCUGCCUAUGGUGCGAUCGAUAGGCAAGACCAUGGUGCAGGGCAAGAACUACGGUCCCCAGAUCACUGUCAAACGGAUCUCCACACGAGGUCGGAAGUGUAAACCAAUCUUUGUACAGAUUGCUCGGCAAGUUGUAAAGUUGAAUGCUUCAGAUCUCCGACUUCCCUCAAGAGCCUGGAAGGUCAAACUAGUUGGAGAAGGUGCUGACGAUGCAGGAGGGGUCUUUGAUGACACCAUCACAGAGAUGUGUCAGGAACUGGAGACAGGAGUUGUAGACCUGCUCAUCCCAUCUCCCAAUGCCACAGCAGAGGUUGGCUACAACAGAGACAGAUUCCUCCUCAACCCAUCAGCAUGCCUGGAUGAACACAUGCUCCAGUUUAAAUUCUUAGGUAUUCUUAUGGGGGUAGCCAUCCGCACCAAGAAGCCCCUGGAUCUGCACUUGGCUCCUUUGGUUUGGAAACAGUUGUGCUGCAUUCCCUUGUUGCUGGAGGACCUGGAGGAAGUGGACCUCCUCUAUGUGCAGACACUCAAAAGCAUUCUUCACAUUGAAGACAGCGGCAUCACGGAGGAUAAUUUCCAUGAGAUGAUUCCUCUGGAUUCCUUUGUCGGGCAGAGUGCAGAUGGUAAAAUGGUCCCCAUUAUCCCAGGAGGGAACAGCAUCCCUCUCACUUUCUCCAACAGGAAGGAAUAUGUGGAAAGAGCUAUUGAGUACAGACUGCAUGAAAUCGACCGUCAGGUGGCAGCAGUGCGUGAGGGCAUGUCGUGGAUCGUGCCGGUGCCGCUACUGUCCCUGCUCACUGCCAAGCAGCUGGAGCAGAUGGUUUGUGGCAUGCCGGAGAUCUGCUGCGAUGUGCUCAAGAAGGUGGUGCGCUACAGAGAGGUGGAUGAACAGCACUCCUUGGUGCAAUGGUUUUGGCAGACCCUGGAGGAGUUCUCCAACGAGGAGCGUGUCCUAUUCAUGCGCUUUGUCUCAGGUCGCUCCAGGCUCCCUGCUAACACAGCUGAUAUCUCCCAGAGGUUUCAGAUCAUGAAGGUGGACAGGCCCUAUGACAGCUUGCCCACCUCUCAGACGUGUUUCUUCCAGCUGCGCUUGCCUCCGUACUCAAGCCAGGCUGUCAUGGCUGAGAGGCUGCGCUACGCCAUCAAUAACUGCCGCUCCAUCGACAUGGACAACUACAUGCUCUCCCGGAACGUGGACAAUGCCGAGGGCUCUGACACUGACUACUGAUCCAAGCAGUUCCACACAUACACACAAAUAAACUCGGCAGAAAUGAGCAGGAACAGGCAGUAUUAUCCAAACUGCACCAUCAUAGGAAACUCUUAAGCAGAUGGGCCAUUUUUUAAUCUAUUUUAUGUCGAUUAAACAGCACAACUUUUCAUUUCUCUUUGUGGUUUAUUAGCAGUUUUUAUUGACACAAAUUCAUUACAAGAAAUGCAUUUAGUGUUUUAUUAUCUUUUUUUGUGCACAUCCCAUUUUCAGGGUUUUUGCAUGGAGAUAUGUUUAUUUGUUUGGAAAUGUGUAUAGAACAUUAUCAAGCAAGCUGUGGAGAAAGAAACACAUAUUGUACAUUGUGUAAAAUGCUACAUUAGGGAAAAUGUCAUAUUUAUUGUUUUCAUUGCCUAUGCCAAGUUUCCCAAACCAUAUAAAAGACCUGACAAUAAAUGCUGCAUAAUUGAUUGGA